AUGAGUGUUCUGAGUUCUCAGACUUAUGAAAUAAUCACUGAAACAAAGAAGCAGAGCUAUCUUGAUAUGAGUGAUACACCUGUUACUUCAGAGUUCAGCUCAAGGCCCAGAAUCACACACUUCACUAGACAACUCAUUGAUAGAAUGAUCACUUAUUAUGAGAAGGCUUCUGACUUGCAAGAUGAGACUGAGGUCAGUUUUCACCAGAGUAUGAAAUUUGAUGAUGAGACAACAGAGAAACUUCAGAACAAAGAAAAGCAGAGUCAAUAUUCAUCUGCAGAAUCUGUUCAUUUUAACUGA